UCGCUUAUUUUCAAGUGGGUAGGAGGGAAUGUUGUGUAGUGUCAUUUGCUAGUAGGCGUUCCUUGUAAUAGGCGUGGUUUGUAGUCUUGCGGGACGCAGACAGACUAAUAGGCACAAUAUGUUUAAUGUUCCAAAUUUUAAAAAUGUGAGAAGGAUUUUAAAGGAGUGAUUUGGCAACCCCGUUCAGCGCUUCGUUGUCUAGUAUGGAGGGGACAUGAAGCGAAUCGGGGGACCAUGUAUGAGAUAAAGGACAGUGUCCGGUCUGAGGUUAUCCACUGUGUUACUGGUAUAUCUCUUGGUGUAGAGAGAGCGAACCACUUCGAUCUUGGAUAAUGAAUUCUUCAAACCCUACAAUGGAUCUGUGUUAAGUAAAACCGAGUCAUGUUUUCGCACAGGGAUAAAAAAUAAAAUAAAAAAACGCGACCUGGCAACCCGAAGGGCGGGUGCGUUACCAAGGCUGAGCGAUUUCCCCAACAUGUCACAUCGCCAAACACAGGUGAAUGAUGACCUUCUCUAGCUGAUUGGAUGAGCUGCCGUCCAUCAUGAAGAAGCGAUCCAACAAGGCGGCGGAGCCAGAUGAUACUUUGUGCUGCUGUGAGUAUGUGGACCGACUUGGUGGGCGGAGUCACGUGGCAGCGUGCUGCUGUGACUGUGAGGAUCUGGACGAGGCUUGUGACAGAUGGAUGAAGAGAGAACCCCAGAACCCGGACUCGCUAUCUCGAGUGGCGGCCACGGUAACCGAUCGUCUGCGAGUGCCCUGGAUUUCAGGAGCUAAAAAAGUCGACCUGUCCUUGAUCCCGCCUCUUAUCCUACUUCCCAUCCUCCUGCACAUCGCCGCUCUGCAUUACCUGCUGGGUAUCGUAGUCCUGACGGCGCUACCCGGCAUGGUGCUAUGGUAUUACUACUUCACCCACCGCAAGAAAGGACGCACACUGUUCUUCCUCAGCCUGGCGCUGUUCUCUCUGUUCUACAUGUACUACCUCUUCCUCACCGAGGUCGUGCCGCGAGGCGAUGUCACUAAUGUACAGCUGGGGAUCAUCACGCUAGGCGUGGCACUUACCCUCCUAGCCCUCAUGCAUACCAAGAAAGGGCCGGGCUACGUCAAGCCCAGUCCUGCUGACACGCACAGCACAGUGACGUAUCACAGCCCUCUGCAGGAGGUAGACUCCGCCUACCACAACGGCUUACGGCAUCAGGUGGUGAUCGCCAAUCGGACGAGUCCUGCUGAGCAGGGCGCUGAGCCCAGAGCUGUGGCAGGCAGCGUGCUGGAGAAAGACAGCGGUAAGAGGAACUGGUGUCCGUUCUGCAAGCUGGUGCGACCUCCAAGAGCCGGACACUGCAGGAUCUGCAGCGCUUGUGUUCUACGCCUGGACCAUCACUGUGUCUGGAUUAACAGCUGUGUGGGUCAGGCCAACCAUCGCAGCUUCCUGCUGACUCUCUUCUUCUUCCUGUUGACCUCGCUGUAUGGGAUCAGCCUGGUGCUGCAGAGUGUGUGUCCCACCCAGAGCCUCCUGACCGCCUUGCUUUACUGCCCCGAUGUCUACAGUCAGUCCAGCUCAGCCUUGUGCUUCACCUGUGCCUGGUACAGCAGCAUCGUCACCGGUGGACUGCUCCACCUGCUGGUGCUGCAGCUGAUCAACGUCAGCUACAACGUAACUGAGCGCGAGGCUCGGAUCGCUCUGAGGGACAAAACGGGACGCAGUCUAGUCUGGGGCCUCAUCAUCGACACGGGUGUGUACUCCCGUGGCUUCCGCAGCAACUGGAACGAAUUCCUGACCAUGGGCGAAACAUUGGAGCCCAAAGCCCUGAAACCCACAGAUCUGGUUUAGACGUCUGCUUAAUGUCAGAGCCUUAAAGAAGUGUGACUUAUCGGAGGUCAUGAAAAGCUGUCAGACUGAAGCGUUACGCACGUGCAGGUACACUGCAGAUCCAGGAUUAGUUUUAUUUCUCUGGUUUCAACUGACUAGCAGAAAUGUUUGUUAGAUAUUUGCCCACUAGGUGGCAGCAGUAUAUUAUAUUUCAUCUGGCUAUAACCAAAUCACAAUGGCUCAUCAGUGCACAUUGACAGUGAAGGAGUCUGGGUAACAAACUGUUCACCAGACCCAACAUCUGUGACUCCUAAGCCAUAUAAAAAAAAAUAUGCCAUGAAACCAUAACUUUCAGAGCCGCUGUGUGUCUCGGGCUCUGCUGUCCAGAAUGUAAAGUAGUGUUGUGUAGACAUAGCUUGAUUUAGUGCCUUGCUGGGAUAUGGGAGGGGAAAAAAAAACGGACACAGCACCAUAAUGCAUUCUUGUUCAGAAUUCCAGCCGGCUAUAAAACUCCGACGGCGUCACAGUGAAUGUGCAAUAACGGCCGCAGAUGUUGUCUGAGGACGCUUUGUGCGUGUCUUGUGUUUUGUUUUGUUCUUUAUAUUCCUCAAAUGAACACCAGUCUUUAAUAUACGUAUUAACCAAAUAAUCAAGUUGCAGUGUUUUUAAGAAAUCAGGUCAGAAUGAAUAUGUGGAAUUUCAUCUCAUUUUUAAGCCUUGUUAAAAACACACAAGCAAAAAAUAAAAACAAAAAUCGACUUCACGGAAUAA